AGCCUUCACACGCUGAUCUGCGGUCGGUUAUUCAAACACGUCUCCAGCGAUUAGGCCCAACAUUGGCUGCGGACAAACCGAUUCUAAGUCAGCACAGUAAGCACCGUUCAGGAAGCCAGGAAGUCAAACUUGGGCACUACACUGCGAUCAAAACUUGUAGACAUAAAAAGCAGACGUACAGUUUCAAAUAACGAAAUCCGGACUUCCUUUUUUCUGACUACUUUGCUAGCUAGCCUCCAGCGAUGGACAAACUUCGUCGUGUGUUAAGCGGCCAAGAGGAAAAUGAAGAGUUGGGUCUCACUGCACAGGUCCUUGAUGCCAGCUCUCUCAGCUACAGCACCAGGGUGAAAUGGUUUGUCAUAUGCUUCGCUGGAGGCAUCCUGUGUUCAAUACUCGGUACAGCACUGCUCUUCCUUCCAAACGGAAUCAAGCUUUUCGCCGUCUUCUACACACUAGGGAAUGUCGCAGCUCUUGCCAGCACCUGCUUCCUUAUGGGACCACUAAAACAGCUGAAACGCAUGUUUGAACCAACAAGACUGAUAGCCACCAUUGUUAUGCUGCUUUGUCUCGUCUUAACGCUUUGUGCAGUGUUCUGGUGGCAUAAAAAAGGGCUGGCUAUCAUUUUCUGUAUUCUGCAGUUUUUGGCAAUGACAUGGUAUAGCAUCUCUUACAUUCCAUUUGCCAGGGAUGCUGUGAUGAAAUGCUUCACAACCUGUCUGAGUUAGGACUCCUACAAUUUAAUGUGAAGACUGGUCCUAAUAUGCAAACUGAAAGAACAGUGGCUCUGUAAAAUAUACAUCUAUGUUGUUUAUACACUAUAUCUCCAGAUUUUUUCUAUGGCUUUUUCAUACUGUGAAUUCUCGCUUUUUAAGUCUAGCUGAAGGUCUAUAACUAUAAUCAGAUUAUAACACUUAUCACUCUUUUGCUUUUGAUGUGAGAGACAUGAGUGCUUUUAAUGUUUAAUAUAUUUAAAGAUAUUCCUAUGUUUUCAGAGGAUUUUAUACCAUUUAAGUGCAGGGAGACUAUUUUGACUUUGCUAUACAUUGUAAUUUACAACACGAGUGCCUUUAUUUUUUAUAUAUAUAUAUAUAUAUAUAUAUAUAUAUAUCUCAACAGUGUGAGAUUCCAUUUUCUUCUGGAUUUUUAAAUAGUGCUCUGACUUCUUACACACAAACAUUAUUAAUACACACUGUCUUUCUGUUUUCUCUCUGCAUGAGGCACUUAUGUAUAAAUUUUAUUUAUGAUUAUUUUCCCUUAGGCAAUUGAGGAAUCGCUGUAUGUUAUCCACAGCUCUUUUGAGGUUUUUCCAGAGAUUUAAAAAGCUUUUCCAGAGAUUUAAAAAGCAGCUAAAAAGAGCUGUUAGUCUUCGAUGUGUAUUUGAACACACCUGCCCCCCGCAGCUCAUCAAAUUACAUUAAAAUCGCUUCUCCUUUUUAAAUUAGAUUUCCUGCCAGAUGUAGCAGAGAUCCAGUUAAUUACGCUUUUCUGAGUGUUGCGGUUUUGACAUGACCUAAUAACCCAGUAUAGCUUGCACCAGGUUCCCUGUAUUGCUUCGGCAUGAUGGCAUAGCCUUUGAGGAUGCGGUUGUCAUGACAACCUCCUCCUGAAGAUUCAUAACCUCAGCCUUCCCCCAUCUGUGGUGCAGUUGUUCACAUUAUCCUGAUGAGGAGGUGUGUGUUUUUUAUUUUAUAGAACACCUUGGACUGGCAGUCUCUCCCCAGAUUUUAGUUUAAAGUGAAAAAACUAUUUUAAAACCAUUUGUGCAUCAAUAGCCACAUAGAGAAAGUCCCCUGUUUCCCUAUGUAUUAGCUGCAGGAUUUGCUCAAGGUUUAACAAUCAUGCCUCCAGGUUUUCUUUCUACUUGAUGCUACUAAAUAACAGCAUUUCACUUCCUGCUGUGCAGCCCCCACAUAGUUUGAUUAGACGCUUGUAUAAUGUGGCGGUGGAUUAGCAUGGACAAAAUCUCCCCUCAGUACUACUUUUUAAACUAACUUCGCAGAGACCCAGCAAAUCCUUAAGCAAUUAAUCUUGGGGAUAGAAUAAUUCUGUUGAAUGAAGGCAGUGUGGUUGUUUUUGUGAUCGGUUUUCUUUGCCCACCAUUUUUGGAUUACGUCCAAAGUUUGAGGAUGAAGGGGGAAGCACCCUGACCUCAGCAAUCUGUUAGAGUUUCCCGACUGUUUCCUCUUCAUUACAUCUAAUCCAUUGUUAUGUCAGAGAGACGAGGGAUCCCACGCCACAACAACCACUGAAAUUAAACAAGUCUGUGUGUCCAGUUCAUCGUGUAAAAAUGAAUAAAUAACUUGGCCUGUGCUGUC